GGGGUGGCUGGAUCCCUGGGCGCCAAGGGUGCUCCGGCGGAGGCGGGGCAGCGGUGAUCACAACUCCUCCCUCCCGCCCCGGCUAUCCAGCUCUUAACCCUCGCGCGGGGGCGCCGGGUUCAUUGGGCUCCCGCCGAGAAGCGAGCGGGCACCGUGGAGCCGGAGCCAAGCGCGUCCCACCCCGAGGCACACGCAGCACAACGACAUGGCCCCCGCAGCAACGUCGGGCGGCAGCUCCCUGCCCAGUGGCUUGGCGGUCUUCACCACCUUCCCAGACCUGCUCUUCAUCUUUGAGUUUGUGAGUGACUCGUGAGUCCCGCGCGGGUGCGGGAGAAAGGGCGGAAUGUGCGGUGAGCGAGCCCCUCUAGUCCCCGCACUGCCCUGCGUGAGCGCCUUGCCAGCCACACUGGUCUCCAGCACGGGGACUAUGUGAAUAGCGGGGCUAGGGUGAGAAGAUCCCCCUCAUUCCCAGCCCCAACCCUUAUGGUGUACCCCCUUCUGCACCCGCUCAACGAAGGUAGGGGUUGUGGUGGAUGGUGGAAACAGUCACCAAGAUUUAGGUGGAAAUAGAAAACUUGCAAUGUGCGCGGUUCAGAGGUAGAAAGUCUUGCCUGCACCUGCUUCACAUGAGCCCCGUUGAAAAGCAACGUCCUAGUUCAGUUGCCUUUUUUUUUUUUUUUGUCCCAGUCUACGAUUUUUUUCUCUUCCUCUCCCUCCCUUCUUUCUUCCUUCCUUUCUUUCUUUCUUUUUUCCUUCUUUUUCUUUCUUUCUUCUUCCUCUUCCUCCUCCUUCUCCCUUUUUUUUAUUAGCAAAAGAAGCCUGGGUUUUACCAACUCAGCCGAGAUUUAAGAGACUGGACUGACCUAGGAAUUGCUAUUCUCCGGCCUUUGAAAGUUUGAGGCAGUGAAUGUAUUUGCGACUACUUUUAUCUGUAAAUAAUAAAACAUCACAGUUUGCUUGCCAUAGUCACUUUGCCCUGGUGGGGAGGGGUCAGAGGAGAGAAGCCUCCGUGCCCAGUCUAACCAUGAGCAGUCAAACAACUUCUGCACCUGCAACCUCUGGACCUCACCUGGGAGGGGGCAGGCCCUACUCAUUGGAGGAUGGUGCUUUGCAAUCUCCAAACUUCUUUCCCUCUACCUCUGUGGAAGAAAUGGUUGCCUGGAGAAUUGGUUGGGAAAAUGUCCAAAUCUAGUUGUUUACAAAUGGCAGCUCAACUUCUUAUGGCCAGAUUAAAAGAGGGAAGUUGUGAACACCAGAGAGAGCAGGUUUUUGUCAUCCAAAGUGUUUGAGAGAGAGGUCAGUACCCCUGAACCUAUGAGAAUUGUGUUGAGCCCAGACCUACGUGUUUUCAGAGUGACUUCAGAUCCUAGGGCUAGGCAAAAGCAGCGAAGUGACAUCUAGAAACUCUGGAUUCUACUAAGCCUAGUUCCACCUUUUAUAGAUAGGGAAAGGAUAUCUAGGUUCAAUAUAGGGAAAGACUUCUGCCUACUGGAAUAUCCUUCCCUAAAUAACUCGUCUCUAUAGUCUAUUUAGCAGUUAACUUAUGCUUGCCCUGGACUGGAGUUCUGAAAAAUGAGUGUACAAUGUCCAUGACCUGGAAUAAGUAAUGGGUGGUUCCUUCAAAGGCAGAGUUUCAUGACCAAAAGAGAUGGUGACUAAUAAUGGGAUGGGAUAGGACAGAGAGAUUUUUGAGUAGCAAGGAUCUUAGAAUGUUUUAAAUUGCCCUAAUGAGUGGCUAGCUCUUUUUUUGUAGAUGUUUGGAAAAGUAUUAAAAUAAUACUUAUGAAAGUGUGUCUUAGUUGAGCUUCACAUACAAGAGUCUGGUACCACCCUCUUUCUCUUGCCUCAAAGAACUUGCAGCAGAUAGUUGCAGUUGUCAUAGUUCUGGCUUCACAAAAGGAGCCAUCUCCCAGGACCUUCUACCUCCUUAUAGUACUGCAGCUUAAGGGGAGGGAUACCCCCCCAGGAAGGAUCAAGCCCAGUCAAGGCAGUCUGCAGGAUGAGGGUUCCCACAAUUUAUCAAGCAAAAGGAGAGAAAGGCAAUCUCAGAGACAUGGAACAGAUUAGUAGAAACUUAGUUGUCCAGGGUGUUUUGUACCUGUGAUAGUAGGUGCUUCUAGAAAGCAUAAUUCUCCUCCUGCUUGGCCACUGCCUCAGUUGCUGUACCUGAAUCUCUUUUUCCCUAGAUUGGAGAUGGGCUCCAACAUGCCGGGAGAAAAGGAAAAACUGGCUGAUUCACUAAGCUUCUCUCUGCACAUUGUAAAUAUGAAGUUGUAUGUAUCUUGAUAUAUGGGAAGAGUAGAGAAUUGAAGGUUCCCAGCAGGCACUGUCUUCCCCUAAGGGUUUUCUUUUUUUCCUGAUUAUCAAUUAUUACAACUCAACAACAAAAAGACACAAAACCUGGAAGUAGAUAGCAUAGUGAUUAUGCAAAGAGAUUCUCAUGCCUGAGGCUCCAAAGUUCAAUGUCCUGCACCACCAUAAGCCAGAACUGAGCAAUGCUCUGGGAAAACAAACAAACAAACAAACAAACCGCAAAUCCCAGUUUGAAAAUGGGCAAGAGACUUGAUUAGGCAAUUCUCCAACAAAGAUUUACAAAUAACCAGUAAGAGACAAGAUGCUUGAUGUCAUUUGUCAUUAGGAAAAUGAAGUCAAAACCACAAUGUGCUCUGCCACUUUAGAUGCAGUUAAGAUGGCUACUAAUAGAAAAAGAGCAAAAAAAAAAAUUUUUUAAUGGAAAAAAAAAACUAGUGCUGGCCAGGAUGUGCAGAAAUUGGAGCCCUAAGACAUUGCUAUUGGGGAUAAAGCUUGGUGGCUCCUGAAAAAAAAUUGUUUUUAUCACAAUGCCCACUAAUCCAAUAUUUGGGUUUACAACCAAAAGAACUGAAAGAAGAGAACUGCUUUGGUUCCUUACCGAUGUUUUUGCCACUCUUGAUACAGUCAGACUUUGUGAUCUUCUGCUAGUCCACUGAGUGUAAAAUGCUUGUUGUGUAUUCAUAUCAGCUCUAUUCACAAUAGCCAACAGGUGGAAACAACCCAAAUGUCCACUAGCAGAUGAAUGGAUAAACAAAUUUUAAUUGACACUUAUGGUAAACUAUUUAUUAUUCAGCCAUAAAAUGGAAUGAGGUACUAAUACAUACCACAAAGUUGAUAAACCUUGAAAACACUGGGCUAAGUAAAGAAGCCAGCCACAGAAAGUUACAUGUUGUACAAUUCCAGUCGCAAAAACUAUCUGGAACAGGUAAAUUUAUAGAAACUGAACACAAGUAUGGUUUAUGUUCUCCCAAGGUUUCCUUUUGGGUUGAUGGAAAUGUUAUGAAAUUAGAUAGAAGUGGUAGUUGCAGAACAUUAUGAAUAUUAAACACCAUUCUGUUGAUCAUUUUUGUUAUUGUUGUUGUCACCAGGGCUUCACCACUCCAGGCAGACUUUUCCAGAAAGACAGAAAAGUGGAAGCUUCCUUCAGUGCCGUAGUAUUCCCAUGUGAUUAAACAGGGCUUCAAACCCGGAUGGCACACCUGACAAAGCAGGCACCCUCCCAAGUGACAUAUCUCACUGACCCCAAUUGGUGAAUUUAAAAUGAUUAGUUUUAUAAUGUUUUAUUAAAAACAACUAACUUUCAAAUAUUAUAGAAAAGUAUGUAAAUACUUUGGUAGGCACCCAUGUGUUUAUGUCACAUAU